AUCCAUUUUUCUUGACGUCACUCAAAUUUUCGCAAAAUAUUAAACUUAUAUUUAAAUCUUAAAUAUAACUAACUAAAUACACAUAAACAAAGUCUCAUUUGUGCACUUCAAGAGGAUGGGAAGCAACGACAGAGCAUCCAGAUCGCCACGUUCGGAUGACCAGCGCGAUAUCGGCGAAAUGCCAGUCACAAAGCGUUCGCGUUCGGACUCUGGCAAGUCAGCGGAUACGAAAAUUCCCUACCUUUCGCAGCCACUGUAUGAUCUUAAACAGACGGGCGAUGUUAAAUUUGGACCUGGUACACGUUCCGCUCUGCUAGGAUUGUUGGGAGGUGCUUUGCCCAAGCUUACAUCGGAGCAACAUGAUCUGGUUAGCAAGGCGAAAAAGUAUGCCAUGGAGCAAAGUAUUAAGAUGGUAUUGAUGAAGCAAACACUCGCCCAUCAGCAGCAGCAAUUGGCCACCCAACGCACUCAGGUGCAAAGACAACAGGCUCUGGCUUUGAUGUGCAGAGUAUAUGUGGGCAGCAUUUCUUUCGAGCUCAAAGAGGACACAAUCCGCGCCGCCUUUACGCCAUUUGGACCCAUCAAAUCCAUCAACAUGUCCUGGGAUCCCAUUACACAAAAGCACAAAGGAUUUGCAUUUGUUGAGUAUGAAAUACCAGAAGGAGCGCAAUUGGCAUUGGAGCAAAUGAAUGGCGCUUUGAUGGGUGGCCGAAAUAUCAAGGUGGGACGGCCAAGCAAUAUGCCACAGGCGCAACAGGUCAUCGAUGAGGUGCAAGAGGAGGCAAAGAGCUUCAAUCGUAUCUAUGUAGCCUCUAUUCAUCCCGAUCUGUCGGAGGAUGACAUCAAGAGUGUAUUUGAGGCAUUUGGACCUAUUCUUUAUUGUAAACUAGCUCAAGGCACAUCUGUGCAUACGCACAAGGGCUACGGUUUUAUUGAGUAUGCUAACAAACAGGCCAUGGACGAAGCCAUUGCCAGCAUGAAUCUCUUCGACUUGGGUGGCCAGUUGCUGCGAGUUGGUCGUUCGAUUACGCCGCCAAAUGUUUUGUCCUGUCCUGCUACAAAUUCAACAAUGCCAACGGCUGCAGCGGUUGCUGCUGCAGCUGCCACAGCUAAAAUUCAAGCUCUGGAUGCAGUCGCUAGCAAUGCAGUACUUGGAUUGGCGCAAAACACGCCUGGCUUAGGGAUCGCGGCCAAGGUAAACGCCAUGCCCGUUGUUAGCGCAGUUACCUCGGCAGCUGCCUUGCAUCCAGCAUUGGCGGUGCCUACGACGCCAGUUGCUGCUUUGUUGCCUCCAGGCAUGUACCAGGCGCCUGGAUUGGGUGGUCCCAGUUUGUUAGGCGUGCCAACUGGCUUGCCUACGCUUCAGAGUGUGGCCCCCACACUUCCGCCACCUGCGCUGCUUGCAACACCGCCAACCGCUGUUGCAUUAGCAGCCGCUGCUGCUGCGGUGCCAGCUGCAGUCUCAGCAGUGCCACUUGGCAUCGUGGAGGCAAGCAACGGAUCGCCUGCUGUUUUGUCGGUAGCCGCCAACAAUGCAGCGGCCACUGCAGCAAAUCUGUCGGAGAAUAUCAAGAAAGCGCAAGAAAAACAGCAGGAGGAGCUUCAAAAGAAGCUAAUGGAUGAGGGCGAUGUUCAGACGCUACAGCAGCAGGAGAAUAUGUCCAUCAAGGGCCAAAGUGCACGUCAGCUGGUGAUGCAAAGGCUGAUGCGGCCACAGGACUCACGUGUCAUCAUCUUGCGAAAUAUGGUUGGACCUGAUGAUGUGGACGAGACAUUACAGGAGGAGAUUCAAGAAGAGUGCAGCAAAUUUGGCACCGUCAGUCGUGUUAUCAUCUUUAACGAAAAACAAACAGAGAACGAGGACGACGACGAGGCGGAAAUCAUUGUGAAAAUUUUUGUGGAAUUCUCAGCCGGCGUUGAAGCUGUGCGUGGCAAGGAUGCCCUUCAUGGACGUUUCUUUGGAGGUCGUCGAGUGGUGGCCGAGCUAUAUGAUCAGGCCCUAUUCGAUCAGGGCGAUCUCUCUGGUUAGAAGGAGGAGGAGGAGGAGGAAAGAAAACAGCGAUUGUAUCUUUAGUCUUACAGAUUUAAACCUUUCUCUGGCAGCAACCGCCUCUUUUUUUUAAAUACUUUAGAGCUCAAACGAUUUAUUUAUUACUUGGCGAAGAAAGAGACUGUACAUUUUUUGAGCAGUAACAAUGAUUGAGCAACCAGUAUCUAUUAUUAUAAAAAGAAUAAAAAAGCAGUGAUCGAGGUAUUUCAAGAAAAUCCCAAACAGUUGUCGCCAGUUCUGUAUAAAAAAAUAUAAUGCAUAUUCUGCAGUUACCUAGAGUAACAAAAACACAAAACUAACAAAUUGUAAAUUUUUUUCAUUUCUGCGCUUAAAACUUACAAUAAAAAAUCUAGUUUCCCAUUAA